AUGAUGAUGAGAAAAAGAGUUACGAUUAGAUUUUAUGUUAAAAAGAAAUUGGAUUAUGGCCAAAAUCUAAGAGUAUGUGGGUCAGUACAAGGAUUGGGUAACUGGAGUACUGGGUCUUCAAUUCUUAUGAAUUGGAAUGAAAAUGAUUGGUGGUGUGGAGAAUUUCAAUUUGAAGCAACAUCAAAUCUACCAAAGAACAAUUUUAAAUUAGAUACUUCAUCUUAUUAUUACAAGAAUGCAUUCUCAUUGGACGGUAGCAAUAAUGGCAGUAAUAGUAAUAGUGGGUUUAUUGAUCAACAAAAAAUAAAUUCAUUAUUUUCAAAUAAUAAAAAGAAUAAUAAAUUGCUAAAUGACUCUAGUAGUGAUAGUAGUGCCAACAAUAGCUUAAUAGAAGGCGAGUUAAGUGAUGACGAAGAAUACUUUUUAGAUAAUAAUGCAAUAAAUAACAAUAAUAAUAAUAAUAACUAUAGUAAUAGAAAUAAUAGUGGGAUUGAAGAUUAUUUUGGUUUCUCAAAUAAAAAAGAAGAGGCUAAAAAACAACAACAAAUCAUUCACUCAAUGUCAUCAUUUACCCUAAACCAUGAAGAUUGCAAUGGUUUCAUUAAUAGCAAUAAUAGUAGUUUUAAUGGUGGUGGUGGUAAUGGAUAUUCAAGUAAUAGUAGUACCACCAGUGGUGGCUCAUCAAUGUAUCAGUUAAAUAAUAGCCAAUCGUUAUCACCAUCACUAAAAGGUACAUCACCACAGCUCAUAGAAUUUGAUUAUAAAUAUGUCUAUAGCAAGUAUGAUGAUUUCAUUUGGGAAACUGGUCGUAAUCAUAAAGUUUCAUUUAUGCUAUGGUCCAACGAUUUUUCAAAUGAGGAAGAAGAAAUUUAUAUUGAAAUUAGAGAUAUUUUUGAUGGUGGAUGUGACGUAUUCCCAACAUUAGAUUAUAGAUCAAUUAAUAAAUCAAACUCAACAUCACCAUUACAAACAUCAACCAAUUCAACCAAUCAAAUGUUUUUCGGUAUGAAUGAUUUAAAUAAUAAAUAUUUAUUUUUGCAACCACUAGAAUCGCAAAUUAUACCAAGAUUUCCUUCACAAAUUGUAACAUUUUUUGUAAUGAAUGAAGGGGAUUCAGAAUUUCAUUCAAUCAAUUUGGUUAGUCAAUUCUUUGGUACAGAUAGCCAAAAGUCAUUAAGAAUGUAUCCAGUUACAAGAGCAGGAUUCGGUGCACCCAACACUCUAUGGAUUGGUCAAAUCUACUCACCACAGCCAAUGAAGUUUGAAUACCAUUAUGUUGUAACCAGUAGUAACAACCAAGGUAUCUAUUGGGAGAAAGAAAAGAGAACUUUUUCAACUUCAAAUAAUAAUGACAAUAUCAUUGUAAACAAUGAUGGUAUGAUUAGAUACAGUGAUGAUGUUUCUCAAGGUUGGAUUAAAACUGGCUAUGUUGGUCUUUUGGAGCAAGAUGAAAAUUGUUCAAUCUCUUGUGUCGUUCAAUUACUUUAUCACAUCAAACCUCUAAGACAAGUAAUAAAAAAUUUGGGUGGUAAAAUUGGUUUCCCAUUCACUCAGUGUUUAGCAAAAAUUUUCACUCUAAUGGAAAUGGGCUUCAAUACAAUCGAUAUCAAUCCAUUACCAAGCUCAAUUGGUUCAAAUGAUUCUGCUGAAAUUUUAGAAAUUGUUUUAAAUGAAUUAUUACAAGAAAUUAAUACUAUUUCAAAAAAUACAAAUAACUCACAAUUAAAAAUUAAUUCAAUUUUUGAAGGUGAAGUUCAAAAUACCUUUGUUUAUAUUGAUAAAGAUGGUAGAAUAGAAUCAAUUAAAACAAAGAAUGAAACAUUCAAUACAAUUAUUUUACCAGUUAAAGGAUUUUCAUCAUUAGAGCAAUCAUUGAAAUUUUAUAGACACAGUGAAGAAAGACCACAUCAACACGAUAUUGACCACAAUGAUAAUGGUGGUCUUUAUGAAACUAUGAAUGACUUUAUAACCAUACCAGAUAUCUUAAUUUUCCAACUAGAUAGAACUGACUACGAUAAUAGAAGAACUAUUAAAGUUUCAAAUACCUUUAGCUUUCCAAAAUCCCUCGAAAUUACAAGUAACAAUGGUGAUCGUUCUAAAUUCAAAAUUUUAGGUAUUGUCUGUCACAGUGGUGGUGAUUUCUACAGUGGUGGUCAUUUCUUUUUAUUCAUCCAAAUGAAUAAAUAUUGGUAUAGAUUUGAUGGUUCAAAAGUAUUAAUUUCAAAUUAUCAAGAAGCUGUAAUAAAUAAUUUUGGUGGUAAUAAUACAAAUCAAAAUGCUUUGUUAACUAUUAAUAUUGGUUUAGCAGCAAAUAGUUGCACCAGUUAUGUUGAUAUUAACAGUGAAUUCGAUCAAAGCAAACCAUGUGGUGCUAGUUUAGAAACAUCAUGUAAAAAUAUAAGUAGUGCACUUUUAACAUGUAAUUUAGUAGAUUUUAAUCAAGCAACAUUCAAUAUUCAACCAGGUCAAUAUAACUUUAAUAAUAUCGAUGUAUUUGGCUCAACCAUCACACAAGGCAAAUCAAUAAGUAUUAUAAAUCAAAAAUAUAGUACAGUUUCUGCCAAUUCAACUACCACUUUAACAUCAGUUAUUUUCGAUUUAACCAAUUCAUUAAAUUCAUUUUUAAAUCUUUCAAGUAAUUCAACAAACUCUUCAAACAAAAUUUAUAUUUAUGGUAUUACAUUCAGAAAUGGUAAUCUUAAAGCACAUGAUGGUGGCUUUGGUGGUUCAGUUUUAGCAAAUUUAGGUACCGGUGGUCAAGAUAUUACAUUUGAUAGCUGUAUCUUCCAAAACAAUUUAGUUAAUGGUGCCUCAUCCCUCUAUGGUGGUUCCAUUGUUUUUUCAAAUAACAAAGCACAAGUAAACCCAAUCAAUUUAAACAUCAAGGGCUGUACCUAUCAAAACACAUUUUCAAAUUCUAUUAAAGGUGGUUUUAUUUAUAUCGAUAAUAACCUUCAAGUAAACUUAACAAUCACCCAAUCAUUAUUUACCAACUUUUAUGGUACCACCGGUGGUCUUGUAUAUUAUGCCAGUGUACAAUCAAGCGAUAGCUCCCUAUUCCAAUUUACCAAUUCAAGUAUUACUUUGGGUCUUAGUAAUGCUGCUUUCUUUAUUACCAUCCCAGGUACAAUCGAAAACAUUAAUUAUUUCAACAAUAUUGGUGGUGUAGGCUUUGGUAUCGCUUCAACCUCAUACAUCAACACUUUCUUUAACAAUUGCCAAUUCACAAGCAACUCUGAAACUACACCCGUUCUUAUACUCCAAAAUCCAGUAUCCGUUGUAUUCAAUGGUUGCAUAUUUAAAAAUAAUAAUGUUUAUAGAUUUUCUUCCAGAAAUCCUGCCAUUACUGUUAAUGAAGGAACUGCAUCCAUUAACAAUUGUUCAUUUACAAAUAACAAUGCAAUCAAUGGUGGUACAGGCCAAGUUUCAUUUGGUACAGAUAACACAUUUGAGAAUAAUGUCGCAGUCACUGGUUCAACAAUUUAUUGCAAAGCCUCACAAAUGGAUUUCCGUAAUAAUCAAAUCUCAUUUAUUGACAACACAGACACCUCAUCACCAAAUAGUAAAUAUGGUUUUGGUUGCGCCACUUCAUCAUCAUGCACCAUCUUGGGUACUUCAGAUUAUUCCUGUAGUGCAAGCGAAGAUUCAAAUAAAAAACAUUUGACUGGUGUCCAAAUAGCCUUCAUUGUCAUCGGUGUAUUAGUAGGUGUAGUUAUAAUUGGUUUUAUUGUUAUUAAAGUCGCUAGAAAAGUUUCACAAAAUAAUUAUAAACCAAUUGGUUAUUAA